UCAAAGCCGGGUCACGCGCCGCGCGCCCGAGGCCCGUGCGCACUCUGCCCGUGGCCGCCCGGACCCGGCUGCCCGGCGCGCUGCCAUGGAGCGCAUCGAGGGCGCGGCCGUGGGCCGCUGCGCAGCCUCGCCCUACCUGCGGCCUCUCACGCUGCACUACCGCCAGAAUGGCACUCAGAAGUCGUGGGACUUCAUGAAGACACAUGACAGUGUGGCCAUUCUCAUGUUCAACUCUUCCCAGCAGAGCCUGGUGUUGGUGAAGCAGUUCCGGCCAGCUGUGUAUGUGGGCGAGGUCGAGCGCCUCUUCCCCGGGUGCCUGGCGGCCGUGGCCCAGGACGGACCCCGGGCGCUGCAGGUGGAGCUGCCUGGCUCGGCGGGGGUGACCUACGAGCUGUGCGCUGGCCUCAUGGACCACCCUGGGCUCUCGCUGGAGGACGUGGCCUGUGCGGAGGCUUGGGAGGAGUGUGGCUACCGGCUGGCUCCCUCCGACCUGCGCCGGGUCGCCACGUACAAGUCUGGCGUGGGACUGACCGGCUCCAGCCAGACCAUGUUCUACGCAGAGGUGACCGAUUCCCAGCGGAGCGGCCCGGGCGGGGGCCUGGCAGAGGAGGGCGAGCUCAUCCAAGUGGUGCAUCUGCCGCUGGAUGGGGCCCAGGCCUUCGCGGAUGACCCGGAUGUCCCCAAGACCCUUGGUGUCCUCUUUGGCAUCUCGUGGUUCCUCAGCUGUGUGGCUCCUGGGCUGGGUCCCCGGUGAGACUCCGGGGGGUCGGGACCAAGGUCGGCCACGGUCACCUCCUGCAGAUCCAAUAAAGGCUUGUACAACUCCA